AUGCCUUCUACAGAGGGCGCCCCCGCUCAUGGCAACCCUGCACAUCUGCUCCCACCCUCAUGGCGCAAGACUGUGAGUCUGUGGCUAGACGAAGACACUCCUAGCUUCGACUAUGGCGGCUUUGUAGUAGGCGAUGAUCCUGCAGAGGCACGUCUUCUCGCCAAAAGCGCAGGCAUCGUUGCCGGGGUACCAUUCUUCGAUGAGGUCUUCAAACAGCUGGACUGCACAGUGCAGUGGCACGUGAAGGAAGGCGAUGAGGUGGGUGUCAAGGAGAAGAAGCAGCAUGUUGCGACGGUCAAAGGGCCCGUCCGGUGUCUACUGCUGGGUGAAAGAGUGGCUCUCAACGCAUUGGCAAGAUGUUCGGGCAUUGCAACAAAGGCACAUUCGCUCGUCUCGAUGCUGAGGAAGGCUGGCUACAAGAACACACUGGCUGGGACGAGGAAGACAACGCCAGGUUUCAGACUGGUAGAGAAAUACGGCAUGCUGGUGGGUGGCUGCGAUCCACACAGGCAAGAUCUGAGUGCCAUGACGAUGCUGAAGGACAACCACAUCUGGGCGUGUGGUGGCUCGAUACCAUCUGCGGUUGCUGCUGCAAAGGCUUCGGCUGGCUUUGCCGUCAAGGUUGAAGUGGAGUGUCAAUCCGAAGAAGAGGCAAACACGGCUAUUGAAGCAGGGGCGGACGUCGUAAUGCUGGACAAUUUUACUGGCGACGGCGUCAAGGUGGCGUCGAAGAAUCUUAAGGAUAAAUGGGGACGGGGUACGAAUGCAAGAGCAAUGAUUGAAGUCUCGGGAGGUUUGACGGAGGACAAUGUCUCGGAGUACGUCUGCGACGACAUCGACAUCAUCAGCUCGUCGAGCAUACAUCAGGGUGUGAAGCACGUGGACUUCUCGCUCAAGGUAGUGCCGAAGGCUGCGAAGACCGAUGGGAAGAUGGGAAAUGGAGAGUCGGCCGACACUUGA